GCCGACCCCAAGCUCAGCCUCAUGCCCUGGUUCCAUGGGAAGAUCUCCGGGGUGGAGGCAGUGCAGGAGCUGCAGCCCCCCGAGGAUGGGCUGUUCCUGGUGCGAGAGUCCAUCCGGCACCCUGGCGACUACGUGCUGUGCGUGAGCUUCGGGAAGGAGGUGAUCCACUACCGCGUGAUGCACGAGGAGAACACGCUCAGCAUCGACAGCCAGCAGUACUUCUCCAACCUCAUCGACAUGAUCGAGCACUACAUGAAGGAGCAGGGAGCCCUCUGCACCAAGCUGGUAAAGCCCAAACCAAAAACUGGGAUGAAGUCUGCUGAGGAGGAGUUGGCCAAAGCUGGCUGGUUGCUGAACCUGCAGCACCUCACUCUGGGCGACCGCAUCGGCCAAGGUGAAUUCGGAGAUGUCCUGCAGGGCGAGUAUAUGGGGCAGAAGGUGGCUGUGAAGAACAUCAAGUGUGACGUGACCGCCCAGGCCUUCCUCGCUGAAACAGCUGCCAUGACGAAGGUCCGGCACAAAAACCUGGUGUGCCUGCUGGGUGUGAUUCUGCACAACGGCCUCUACAUCGUCAUGGAGUUCAUGAGCAAGGGCAACUUGGUGACCUUCUUGCGCACACGAGGCCGAGCGGUCGUCCCCAUCCAGCAGCUCCUCCUGUUCGCUCUGGACGUGGCUCAGGGCAUGGACUACCUGGAGUCCAAGAAGCUGGUGCACCGGGACCUGGCUGCACGCAACAUCCUCAUCUCCGAGGAGAACGUGGCCAAGGUCAGCGACUUCGGCUUGGCCCGGGUCAACCCCAAGGGCGCCGAUGCCAUGCUGCUGCCUGUGAAGUGGACAGCACCAGAGGCCCUGAAACACAACAAAUUCUCCUCCAAGUCAGACGUGUGGAGCUAUGGAAUCCUCCUGUGGGAAACCUUCUCCUUCGGACGGGCACCCUACCCCAAGCUGAUCCUGAAGGAGGUGACAGAGCUGCUGGAGCAGGGGUACCGCAUGGACCCCCCCGAGGGCUGCCCCCCUGCCAUCUACACCCUGAUGAAGAGCUGCUGGGAGCUGGAGCCAGGCAAGCGCCCGUCCUUCAAGAAACUCACAGAGAAGCUGCAGAAGGAGCUGAAGCACCAGAGGGAUGUUUAACCCCCAUCCCACCACCAGGACCCAGGACCUGACGCCCC